CGCCACCAAUCAACGUCCACGCUCUGUGGCGGCGUAAGGCUUGUCGGGAAGCCGAGGCCCAAGGAGUAACGACCGCCUUUUUGUCGAGGUUGGGAGUGGAAAGACACCGUAUUUAAUCAUGUCUACAGUAGAGACAACAGACAGUGAGAAUGAGUUUCCAGACCAUUACAAAGUCAUGAUGGACAGACUGAAUGAACAACGGAAGUUGGACCAAUUCACUGACAUAACUUUAAUUGUGGAUGGUCACCAGUUCAGGGCUCAUAAAGCUGUCCUUGCUGCCUGCAGCCAGUUUUUUUACAAAUUUUUUCAAGAUUUCAAAAUGGAACCUUUGGUGGAAAUUGAAGGUGUAAGUAACAUGGCUUUUCGUCAUUUGAUUGAAUUCACCUACACAGCUAGACUUGCAGUUAAUGGUCAUGAAGAAAUAAAUGAUGUAUGGAAAGCCGCAGAGUACUUACAGAUGCAAGAGGCAAUUAAAGCACUUAAAAGCAGGAUCAAAGCUGGUUCCCCAGUUUCAACAACCAAGGGACCAAUACAGAAGAGCAAAGCUAAAAAACGAAAGAUUGCUGAAACAUCAAAUGUGAUUACUGAAACUUUGCCUUCGGUAGAAACUGAGCCAGUAGAGAUCGAAGUUGAGAUAUCAGGUGGAACUAUUGAUGUGGAGGAACGAAUUGAAGUUUUGGGUGAGGUAGCAGAGCCAGUAAAAGAAGCUGAGAAUUCCCAAGGGAACUCUGAUGAUUCUGCAUUAGCUUUGCUAGCUGAUAUCACUAGCAAAUAUCAGCAAGGGGAACAGAAUUUGCAAGCUGCAAAAAAGGAUGAAAUAGAAACUGUUUCAGAGAAUCAAGAGGAAACUGAUGUGGUCAGUCCCCCAAAAGCAGUCGAGAGCAUUGAAGUUGUUGAAGUACAAAUCUCCCAACUCAAUAAUGUGUUUCAUUGUGACAAAUGUGAUCGAUCUUUCAAACUAUAUUACCACUAUAAGCAGCACUUGAAGUUGCACUCAGACAAAGCCUAUGUUUGUCCUCACUGCAGCAAGAUAUAUUCACGUGAAAGCGCUCUCAAACAUCACGUGACCUGCAACCAUUUUGAUGUGGAGCAGGCUCGUCGUCACCGGCCUCAGAAGAAGGUUCAUGUGUGUGCUUAUUGUGAAAAACAGUUUGACCAUUUUGGCCAUUUCAAGGAACAUCUCAGGAAGCACACAGGGGAAAAGCCAUUUGAGUGUCCCAAUUGCCAUGAGCGCUUUGCAAGAAACAGCACUCUAAAAUGUCACUUGGCAGCAUGUCAGAAUGGUGCUGGUGCUAAGAAAGGAAGAAAGAAGCUCUAUGAGUGCCAGGUAUGCAGCAGUGUGUUUAACAGCUGGGAACAAUUCAAGGACCAUCUGGUAAUACAUACUGGGGAAAAACCUAAUCAUUGUACUAUUUGUGAUCUUUGGUUUACUCAACCAUCUGACAUGCGCACACAUCUUCGAGACUGUCACAAUAUUCAUGAAAGAGUUUUGACUGAGGUAAUACUUCAAGAUCAUGUCACAACAGAUGAAACAGCAGAGGCACUGUUGGAGGAUGUCCGUGUAGAACAUUUGACUGUGGAGGAAGUUCAUAUUGAUCCAUCUCAAGUGGUUGAAGCUGUUCAGGUGCAUGUAGAUCCUGUUGAAGUAGAGCAGAGUAAAGAUCAGCAUAUUCAGAAUAAUGAAGAAAAGUCAGCAGAGGCUGAAGGCCGUGAGGUAACAGAUGGACAGACUACAGAAGCACAGGUGGAAGAGCACAUAGAAAUUGGUUCAGAACAAGUCUCAGAUAGUACUGUACCACACUAUUUAGAACAUACUGUGCAAGAGGUUGAAAUGGAACAUGAACAAGUGGAAAUUCAUGUGGAAGAGACUGAAGUAAUACAAGAGGAAGAAGUAUAAGCAACAUACUGAGAAAGUAGUAUGUGAAGAACUCUGACCUCCUAUAAUGCGGACAGCAUAAUGAAUUUUGCUUUUUCAAUUAGAGGGGAAUAUUUCCUCCUCAAUGUGUUUUAGCCUAUUUAAAACUGAAAACCUAAACCCCAGGAAUAUGAGUGUACAUUUGAAAAAUAGACAUGCAUAUUUAAAAGAAUUACUAAUUUGCUCCCUGUCAUCUUUGUACUUCUCAUUUUCUGAAAUUAGCUACUGUAAUUGUUUUUAUGUUUUUGUAGUUUGCAUAAAUACUGGUAUUUUUUUUGUAAAAAAGACAUACCAGUUAAUAUAUUUCCCCUACCCAGGGAAAACCAUGCUUCUAAAAGAAGAAUGUAAAUGUAUAUUUUAGACAUAACGCAGUACACAGGUCAUGCUUGCCUAUUAAAAGGUGCAAGAGACUUCUGAAGCUUAAUUAUACUGUAUGUUCAGUUCUUUAUCAAAUAUUUAAAAAGUAGAUUUCAGGCAAUGCUGACAGCAUGGGGAUUUUUCUGUAAAAUGAUUUGAUGGUACUCUGCUGCACUAUGUAUAAAUAACAUAAUAAUUUGUCCCACACUGAUUAUGAUUCAACCAACAUUACUAAUGUUUAUUUGUUAUAACUAAUGUGUCCAUAUCAUUCCAAUUUGGAAGAACACUAGAUAUUGUAUUAAUAUUGUACAUGCUUUUUAAAAAUGAUAAAAUCUUAUUUGGCUGUACAUUUUUUUUUUUUAAGUGGGGGGGGGUACAAUGUCAAAAAAAAACCUUUAAGUCUUCUAUGUGAUAUCCCAAGAAUAUUAAGAUUACAUACUUGAAAGUCACUCUUAACUGCUUAGUGGUCUUUGUACAUGUCUUUUUCCUGUCUUCCACAGAUAAAGAAUCCUAAGAUACUUUAGGUAUAUGUAAUAUUAUGGUGGUCUUACAUACAUUUUAAAGACCUGAAUUCAGCUAAGUGCUUGGUUCCUUUUGGUGCCAAAAGAAAAUUGGAAUAAGUGUGGCCCAUUAGGGAUGCAGUUUAAAUGUCAUUAGUUACAGCUAUAUUUCAAAGUUAUUGAUUCUUUUAAUUGACCCUUACUGUUUAUUCAUUUUUAUUUUGAAGCAGCAAGGUUUUUAUUUAUUAUGCUUAUGAUUUUUUGUAAUCUGAUAGAAAUGUAAGCAUAAAUCCAAGUAACCAUUCAUAUUUACAUAGCAACUAUUCAUUUUUGUAUAUUCAUAGUUUACAGUGGAUGCUAGUGACCAAAUAAAUAUACAUGAAAUAA